AAAGAAAAAGAAAAAAAAAUACACACUGCUCGUGGCGAAUCUGCUUCUUCCAAUAUAAAGGUCCAUUCGGGCAAGCGCGAGGAAUCUCCCGGCGCGUCGCCUCCGUGGAGUCCGCUGGCUUCGGUGCCAAGGGAAGCCGGAGCCUUGCUGAGAACAUGAACGACUGGAUGCCCAUUGCCAAGGAGUAUGACCCGCUUAAAGCAGGCAGCAUUGACGGCACGGAUGAAGACCCACACGAUCGCGCCAUCUGGAGGGCAAUGUUGGCUCGAUACACCCCCAACAAAGGCGUCUCAGGAGACCCCCUCCUCACCCUGUUUGUGGCAAGACUAAACUUGCAGACCAAGGAGGAGAAGUUGAAGGAAGUAUUUUCCCGCUAUGGGGACAUUCGGCGGCUUAGGCUGGUGAGGGACUUGGUCACGGGCUUUUCCAAGGGCUAUGCCUUCAUCGAAUACAAGGAGGAGCGUUCUCUGAUCAAAGCCUACCGGGAUGCGGACGGCCUGGUUAUUGACCAGCACGAGAUAUUUGUUGACUACGAGCUGGAAAGGACCCUCAAAGGCUGGAUCCCUCGGCGACUUGGAGGAGGUCUAGGGGGGAAAAAGGAAUCCGGGCAACUAAGGUUUGGGGGGCGUGAUCGGCCUUUCCGAAAACCCAUUAAUUUGCCGAUUGUUAAAAAUGACCAAUACAGAGAGGGAAAAAGGGAAAAACGGGAGCGAUCUCGGUCUCGAGAAAGACACUGGGACUCUCGGACAAGGGACCGAGACCACGACCGUGGCCGGGAAAGGAGAUGGCAGGACAGAGAGCCAGCCAGGGUGUGGCCAGAAAGUGACUGGGAGAGAGAGAGGGACUUCAGAGAUGACAGAGCCAAGGGGAGGGAGAAGAGGGACCGAAGUAAAUAGAGGCUCACCACCACCACCAGAACCCAGACGAAGACACAGCAUAAACAGAAGCACAGAGAGAUCUGUGUUGCUUUUAUACAGUGUGUAUGUCCAGUGCUUGAAUAAAACUUGCUGAUGGUGAUGG